AUGUCAUCGCAGCGACCGGGAGCGUUCAACAGCUUACGGAUGGGGGAAGUUAUCCGUGAGCGCGUUCAAGAUGGAGUGACCGGCGAAACCAGGGAGCUCCAGUAUACUCAGUGCAAGAUUGUCGGCAACGGUUCUUUCGGUGUGGUCUUCCAGACCAAGCUCUCCCCCUCUGGCGAGGAUGCAGCUAUCAAGCGUGUCCUCCAAGACAAACGCUUCAAGAAUCGCGAACUCCAAAUUAUGCGCAUUGUUCGUCAUCCCAACAUUGUUCAACUCAAGGCCUUCUACUACUCUAAUGGCGAACGAAAGGAUGAGGUCUAUCUGAACUUGGUUCAGGAAUUCGUCCCCGAGACUGUUUACCGAGCCUCGCGAUUCUUCAACAAGAUGAAGACCACCAUGCCCAUUCUCGAGGUAAAGCUUUAUAUUUACCAGCUUUUCCGCGCCUUGGCCUACAUUCAUUCUCAAGGCAUUUGUCAUCGUGACAUCAAGCCUCAAAACCUCCUCCUUGACCCUACCAGCGGCAUCCUCAAGCUCUGCGACUUUGGCAGCGCCAAGAUUCUCGUCGAGAAUGAACCCAACGUCUCGUAUAUCUGCUCUAGAUAUUACCGCGCCCCAGAGCUCAUCUUUGGCGCCACCAACUAUACUACCAAGAUUGAUGUGUGGUCAACGGGCUGUGUCAUGGCCGAGCUGAUGCUUGGCCAGCCCCUUUUCCCUGGCGAAUCUGGUAUCGACCAAUUGGUCGAAAUUAUCAAAGUCUUAGGUACUCCAACCAGAGAACAGAUUCGCACUAUGAACCCCAACUACAUGGAGCACAAGUUCCCACAGAUCAAGCCUCACCCUUUCAACAAGGUAUUCCGCAAGGCUGAUGCCAAUGCCAUCGACCUCAUCACCAAGCUGCUGGAAUACACGCCUACCGAGAGAGAGGCUGCCAUCAACGCAAUGGUGCAUCCUUUCUUCGACGAGCUACGCGACCCCGAGACAAAACUACCCGACUCUAGACACGGAACUGGCCAGCUCCGCGAUCUUCCCGAGCUUUUCAACUUUACUCGUCAUGAGCUGUCUAUCGCCCCCGACUUGAACAGCCAAUUAGUGCCUACUCACCAGCGUUCUGUUCUCGCCGCACGCGGUCUCGACAUUGACAACUUCACCCCGAUGGCGAAGCAGGAGAUGAUGGCCAAGCUUGAUUGA